CUAUCUCACUCUUAUCUCUGUUUCCUUGUUUCCAGGAUGUAAUGUCCGCUAAUGAGCUCCGUGUAUCUCCGUUCACUUGGUGAAUUGACGAUCUCCCCAACUUGUUUCUUGUUCACUUUCAGUCCUUUUCAAGAGCCCCCACUAUUUAUAUGGUACCAUGGCCAGCAACAGUGAUAAGAGUCAAAUGUUGUUUGCCUGUACGAAAUGCCAUCGACGCUGUAAGUUCGAAGAUCUCUCAGCCAACCAGCAACUCUGUAAAAGCUGUAGGAAGCAGUUUCCCUUGGUUACUUGUACGUACUGCAGACUAGAGUUCCAUCCAGUCAAAAGUUCUACUGACGGUGACAGUCGGCCAGCAUGUGAGCACUGUGCUAGGGAAUUCAAGGAACAUGGAACGCCUUCGUUUUGCUCAAUUUGCAAUCUACAAUCAGCAUUCACUGGGAAGAAGUGUUCACGAUGCUCUCGCUCUGAAAAGAAAUACGGUAACCCCAUUCCCUGUGAAGAUUGCAAACUGAAGUGUGCGUUUGCCAAGCCAGAAGAUGUUAAACAAAAGGUUGAUGGGAAAUCUCUCUGUCUACUCUGUACCAUAAACUUUAAGAAGGCUCAGUUUAAGAGAAAGUCUAUUGCAGAACAAAAGGGUACCUCCAACUCCACCUCGUCCCACUCCUCGGCCACUGGUACUAAGCACAAUAGAGUGAAGUCCAAGCACUCCAUCAGACACAAGGACAAGGAUAAAGACGGAGAGUCAUCUUUCAAGAAGAUUAAACUGGACAGAUUUAGCUCCACACAGACAGCUCCUGUAACCUCUCAUCACCUAUCUAUACUCGGAAGUCAUUCUCCGUCAAUGGACACGGUUCUCUCUUCCAAUCACAUGCUCGAAACUGAAAAGCUUCAAAACGAGAUAUCUAGCCUGAAAAAGCAACUGGCACAGAAAGAACAGACUGUUCUCGAAAAGGAUAAACAGAUUUGUCAGUUGAGAGCUGAAGUGGGAGAGAAAGACAGAGAAGUACGGAUAAAGCUGCAGGACAAGCAAAAAUCGCACACAGAAACUAUCGAAACACUUCAAACUGAAAUCAGAGGUCUCAGAAAACAACUAUCCCAGUCUACCCAAAAGAAAAGUAGCAGCUCAACGGCUGUCUCCUCCCAGAAUAGUAUCAUUGCAUCACUAACUAGCAGUCUGUCUGCCACACCAGUGAACUCUAGCUCUUGACAAAUGUCUUAUUUUUCUAGCAAUGUGAAUAUGGAAGUCUCACUUUUACUCAGGCACUGUAUUUUUUAUCAUCGUAAUAAUUAUAAUUAUACUAUAAUAAUUUAUUGUUGUUUCGAACCAAA